GGAGUAUUAGAUUAGAAGCAGGGUAAGAAAUGAAGUAAAUGAAGGCAAUGAUGGGUAAGGUUUAAUACUAAAAGAUGAAAUGGGUAGUGGGAAGCAUGAAUGUCCCAAAUUAAUCAUCACCAAAAAAACAUGAAAGUUUAUUUGAUUUAGGUUAAAAAAAAAUGCGUGUGGCUUCUCACUCAAAGCUCUGGGAAUGUUGUCCACGAAUUCCCCACGGCUUUUACAGCUCUUCCCCCUUUUCCUUUAUAAACUCUUCUCUGUUUCUUCCCCAUUUCAUUGCAUCUGCUUCUGAAUCUGAUUCUUUCAUGUCUGACGAUACUCAAUCUUCUUCUUCUUCUUCUUCUUCUUCUUCUAAUCGCCACCCCAAGUUCCGUGGAGUCCGCAGCCGAAGUGGCAAAUGGGUCUCUGAAAUCCGCCAGCCUCGACAGACCACUCGCAUUUGGCUUGGCACCUACCCUACUCCUGACAUGGCUGCAGCCGCCUACGACGUAGCUGCCCUCGCCCUUAAAGGCCCUGAUGCCUCUCUUAAUUUCCCAGACGCUCUCUUAUCCUAUCGCAUUCCUUCCUCCACUUCCCCUUCUGAUAUCCGCGCCGCUGCUGCUCUUGCCGCUGCUGCCAGACACCCCGACACUGCUCCUGCUCCUGCUCCUGCUGCACAUACCCGCCCUGUUGGUGGGGCAGGGUUUUCCUCUGACGCUACGGCCGCCGCCGCUGCCGCCCGGGAGUUCGUGGACGAGGAAGAGCUACUGAACAUGCCCAAUUUACUGGUGGACAUGGCUGAGGGAAUGCUGGUGAGUCCACCACGGAUCAAGUCGCUCUCUUCCGAUGACUCUCCCACAAAUUCUCCAGGGGAUGGAUUAUGGAGCUACUCCCAAUAAUUUGUUGUCGUUAAUAAAAAUCCACAUUUUCAUGUCCUCUAAAUCACUUUAUUAUAUAGUUCUGUUGCAGUGUGGGGUUUAUGCUGUUUAUUCCGAUGAAAAGUUAAUGGAUAUUUCUAAGUAAGAUUAGAGAUUGGAAGGUUGAAGAAGGGUUUGUGUUAUAUAUGUAAAUUAUUGGAGACCAUCCUCCUGCUGCUGCUGCUACUGCUACUGCUGCAGUUAAUGCAACUCGGCUCCAAAGCUGUCGCAUUCCAUCAAAUAUCUUUCCCAAAA